UAUGGGAAACUUUUUGUGGACCAUCCCUUUUCAAGUUAUUACUGCAAUAUUUCUAUUAUAUUGCCAAUUAGGUGUAUCAGCAAUUAUUGGAGCAAUAGCUCUGAUUCUUAUUCUACCUUUACAAGUUGCUUUAGCUUCACUCUUAUCUAGAUUUCAAAAGAGAGCAAUGGAGUUUACUGACAAACGAAUAAAACAAUGUAAUGAAUUAUUACAAAGUAUUAAGUUAUUAAAACUGUAUGCUUGGGAAUUAGUAUUUCGAGACAGAGUGGAAAAGACACGCAACUUGGAAUUGAAAAUGAUACUAAAGGCUGCUUGCUUAAGGGCUCUUUCGAUUGUCGUGACUGAAUGCAUACCCAUCAUAGCUAUUAUGACGACGUUUCUUAUCUAUCGUUGGAUUGAAGGAAAAACACUGACUGCUAACAAAGUUUUUUCUGGAGUUGCCCUCUUCAAUAUACUCCUAAUACCCUUAUUGGUUGUAUCUCUUGCCGUAAAUGCUCUUAGUCAUGCCAGAGUAAGCUGUCGAAGAAUGAAUACGUUUUUGGAAAUGAACGAAGUUGAGAGUGUAUUCAUUCCACUGACAAAAGCUGACAGAGAAUUAAAUACACUUUUAGAAAUAUCUAACGGUAAUUUUAGUUGGAAACAUUCCACUGAUAAAAGCGAAGAUCAAGAAAUAAUUCUUUCGAGUAUUAAUUUAACUAUCAAAAAGGGAAGUCUAACAGUUAUUGCCGGUCCUGUAGGAAGCGGGAAAUCCUCUCUUUUAGCAGCCCUAUUAGGUGAAAUGAAUAUUUGUUCAGGAUCUGUUAAAAGGUGCUGUGAUUCUAAAUUAGCCUUUGGAUCACAGAGGGCUUGGCUGUUAAAUGCAACCUUAAAGGAUAAUAUUUUAUUCGGUUCAUCUUUGAUUGAAGAAAAAUAUGAAAGAGUCAUAGCAGCUGCAGCUUUAAAACAAGAUAUAGCGGCUCUACCUGGAGGUGAUAAUACUGAAAUAGGAGAGAGAGGAAUAAACCUUAGCGGGGGUCAGAAGCAAAGAAUCAGUAUCGCCAGAACCCUUUAUGCUGACACUGAUAUCGUAUUAUUGGAUGAUCCGAUGUCAGCAUUAGACGUUCACGUUGGCCGUCAUAUAUUUGAAGAAGCUAUUUGUAGUUAUUUGAUAAAUGAACUAAAGCGGACUGUAGUUUUAGUUACACAUCAGGUUCAAUAUUUACCAAAAGCUGAUAAUAUAAUAGCUAUGGAAGGAGGUAAAAUAGUUGCCCAAGGAACUUACGGAGAUAUUUGUGAUAACUAUCCACAUUUAGUUAAAUCUUGGGAAGAAACGGAAAUGAUUAAGUAUAUGGAUCCGAAAAAAGUGAAAUCUUUAAAUUCCUCCGAAAUUGAUUUAAAUAGGGGAAUAAACUUAUUCUCAAGCAAUCUUACAAGAUCUUCUAGUAUUGUCUCACUGCCUUUAUCUAGAAUAUCUCUAGAUAAUUUUGAAGAUAUUCCAAGCGUAGUACCUCAAACGAAACAAAAUGAAUCUGAUAAAGGAGAAGAAACAGGAAAAUUGAUUGACAGUGAAGAAAUAGAAACAGGAUCAGUAUCAUGGAGAGUUUAUAAAAAAUUCAUUUUGGCGGCUAGCAUCCGAUUUUCUGUUUCUACACUUUUGGCCUAUUUUAUAAGACAGUCCUUAAGAGUCGGCUCUGAUUUUUGGUUGGCCCACUGGUCACAAUCGUCUACAGAAUUACGGCAACGAAAUACAACAGAAGCUGAAAUAAUAUCACACCAAUCUCAUAUGAUGCUUAUUUAUGUUCUAAUCUGCUGCUGCUUUGUUAUUUUUUCGGUUGUUAGCAGUUUACUGACAGAAUAUACUUGUAUAAGAGGGUCCAAACGCCUUCAUUCGACCAUGCUACAUAGACUAAUUGACGCUCCCAUGCGAUUCUUCGAUAUAACACCUAUAGGCAGAAUAGUUAAUAGAUUUACGGGAGAUGUUAUGAUCUUGGACGAACGAUUGGCCCAAGUAUUAGACGAACUUUUUUACUGUUCAUUCUUUUCCUUGGGCGGUGUUAUAGUCAAUGCAAUUUCCAGCUACUAUUUUAUAGUUGCUGCAAUACCCCUUGUUGCUAUUUAUCUACUAGUUCAAAGAUUUUACAUUCCCUCCUGCAGAGAUUUACAGAGGUUAAAUAGCGUUAGCAAAUCCCCAGUCUUGUCUCAUUUCGGAGAAACUUUAGGAGGUUUAUCAACAAUAAGAGCCCAUAGUAGACAAUCUGCUUUUUCUAAGAAAAAUAAUGAAGUUGUUGAUAAAAAUAACAAUGCUUUUUUCAAUUUACAAGCAACUAUUCUUUGGAUGGGAAUUAGAUUAGAUUUUGUUGGAUCUCUUACCGUCUUCGCUUCCAUUGUCUGCGUCUUAUCGUCUGGUCUCUCAGGUGUUGCAUCUGAAGGCGUCGUUGGUCUUAGUAUUGCGUAUUCGUUAAUGAUUUCAUUUAGCUUAAACUGGAUGAUGAAAUCUGUUUCCGAAACGGAGAUGAACUUUAAUGCAGUUGAAAGAAUAAGCCAUUAUAUAAACAUUAAAAAUGAAUCUUUCAAUGCAAAUGAAGACGUUGACAAAGAUUGGCCUUCUGAUGGAGUUGUAAAUAUUGAAAAUCUAUCUUUACGCUAUGACGAAAAUUUGGAUAAUGUAAUAAAUAACUUAUCACUGUCAAUCAAAGGUGGUGAAAAAGUUGGAAUUUGUGGUAGAACUGGCAGUGGAAAAUCAUCUCUAAUGUUAGGACUAUUUAGGUUAAUUGAUAUUAGCGGUGGAAACAUUAAAAUUGACAAAAAAGAUAUAAGUGAUAUUCCUCUUCGAAAUCUACGCUCUCAUCUGUCAAUUAUUCCUCAAGAUCCCGUAUUGUUUGCUGGAACCGUAAGAUUUAAUGUUGAUCCAGUCGAACUCUAUUCCGAUGAAACUAUCUGGAAAGCUUUAGAUAUAGCGCAGCUUGUACCAAUUAUAAAAAAUAAAGCGGGGCUUUUGGAUUCACCGGUUGCCGAGGGUGGUGAAAACUUUAGUGCCGGACAAAGGCAGUUGUUUUGUCUGGCUAGGGCUUUACUAAGAAAUUCUAAAAUAUUAAUUAUGGACGAAGCUACAGCGUCUGUCGAUAUGACAACAGAUAAAAUUGUUCAACGAGUAGUCAAUCAGCAUUUCAAAGAUAAAACUAUAUUAACAAUAGCUCAUCGAGUAUCAUCAAUAUUGAACUAUGACACAAUAGUUGUACUACAAAAUGGUAAUAUAGUUGAAGCAGGUCCUCCUAGUGAAUUGAAGAGCAAAAUGGAUGGAAUAUUUUCAAGAAUGAUUCAUGAUAACCUAUAA